AUGAGCGGCACGAGCGGCGAAGCCGAGUCCCUGAGCUGCAGCAGCACCAGCCUUGCAGAGCCGCAGCAGCAGCAACAGCAGCAGCUGCAGCAUGAACAGCAACAGCAGGACCUUGAGCCUGAAGAUGUCGGCAGCAGCAAAAUUCAGGUGUACCUACGGAUGCGUCCCAUGGAAGGCCGUUGUUACUGGCACCGCAUCGGGGGUCCCGACAAGCGGACGUUGAUAACAACUCCCCCUAGGGGCGACUCUGCUUUCAGUAGCAGUAGUAGCAUCACUUUGAAUAACACGCGGAAUGAGUACAGAUUCCAGUUUGACGGAAUAUACGACGAGCACGCGACGCAGGAGGAAGUGUUUAGCGAUGUGGCUCUGCCUGUAGUCAACGACGCGCUUAGAGGCAUUAAUGGCACUAUUUUCGCAUACGGGCAAACGGGAACAGGGAAAACGUACACCAUCACAGGAGGAGCAGAAGCAUUUGAACUCAGAGGCAUCAUACCUAGAGCCCUAGCACGCGUCUUUGAUUUUGUUGCUGGUUGCACCUCUCAAGAAUUCUCUCUCGCUGUUUCAUACCUUGAGAUAUACCAAGACAAAGGAUACGACCUCCUCAUGAAAGCAGAAAAGCCCAACAGCAACAGCAGCAGCAGCAGCCGGAACCUCGAGGACUUGAAGCGGGUGUAUGCAGUAGCGGACGAGCAGGGCAAUGUGUGUUUGCGCGGCUUGUCAGUAAACCCUGUAAGAACAGAGGAGGAGGCGUUAAAUUUAUUGUUUAUCGGGGACGCGAAUCGCAUCGUCGCCGAGACCCCUCUAAACGAUUGUUCAACGCGUUCCCACUGCAUCUUCACUGUCUGGAUAGCCAGCAAAGAGAGAGGCAGCAGCAGCACAAAGAAAGCGAAGCUGCACCUCGUAGACCUAGCAGGUUCUGAACGUGUCAAGCAAUCCGGCACAAGACCAGGGGAUUGCAUCUUUCAGGAGGCAUGUAGCAUCAACUUAACUCUGCAUUACCUCGAGCAAGUGAUCGUCGCGCUGCAGCAGAAAGCAGCAGGACAGGCCACCCACGUGCCGUACAGAAACUCCCUCAUGACCUCAGUGCUUAAAGACUCAUUAGGGGGAAAUUGUAAGACCAGAAUGAUUGCAACCGUUGCGCUCGAACUCUACGCAAUCAACGAAACCAUCAACACCUGCAGAUUCGCACAGGCCGUCGCGCAGGUAAGAAAUGCAGCAGAAAUCAACGAAGAAGAAGAAGCAUCAGCCAUUAUUCAAAGGCUACAAAAAGAAAACGAAAAACUCAGGGGACAGCUGCAGCUUGCAGCCGCAGCAGCAGCAGCUACGGGAGAUGAUGCAGAACUCACAGAGGAAGCAAAUGCUAUCUGCAGAGACGCAGUUGAACGAUUUCUCAUGGCAGAGGGGGCAGACCUUCAACUCCCUGUAACGGCGGCACGCGAUCUGCGUUCUGCUGAUGUUUGUUUUCGUCUCAUGAGAGACAAGUACAAAGAGUUAAAAACAGAAAUGACAGAUGCAAAUGCUGAUGGUCGCUGCAGGCGCCGCGACUGCAAGGAGGCGCUGCAGCGGCUCCAACUGCAUGUAGAACAAAGAGAUGCUGAAAUCGCAACCUUACUGGGAAUCAUACAUCAAAGCUCAGACCCUGCAUGCACCAACAGCAGCAGCAACGGGAUCUAUGAUCCCUUAGGAGCGCUUACACGUGCUGCAGUUGAAGCAGCAGUGCGAGCAGGUUCUGGGUUUAGAGAAAGGGAAGGGGGUAAAGAAGAAGAGGAAGGGAAGCCCUGGCUAGCUGGGACCGAGGCCACCGCGUUGCUGAAAGACAGGGGCCGCGCGUUUGAGAUGCUCAGACGCAGCGCGAGGAAAACAGAAUUCCUUGAAGCAGAUUCGAGACGCAUGCAGGAGCUGUACGAAGAGGCAAACAAAUGUAGGGAGGAAGCGUUGAAGGCAAAGGAGAAGAUUGCCGAGGCGAGAAGCAGUCUAGAGAAAAUCCGAAUACGAAAAUGCCUACAGCAGAGCGGCAAUAGGGGAGAAAUCAUCUUGGACGAAGAGGAAACUCCAGAAGAGACCCAAGUUCUGCAACAGGUCGCUGUUUGGCGUGACGAAUACAUAAAAAAUAUCAACGAACUAAGUGCUGCUAAAAGAGAACUCAAACGCCUUUAUUUAACUGUCGAAAGGAAUCGAAAGAAACUGCAACAGGACUUCGAAGGGUGGUUCAAUACAAUUGCCAACAGAGAAGAAAAUGAACUCCCUGUACUCCCCAACUCCCCGCGAGGUAAUAGUACUAUUUCUGGGCUCCCUGUUUCUUUAGAUUCGCUUCACGAGAGUAUAUGGCCUAAUGCGUAUCCUCAGAAAGUCGAAAGCAAACUUGCAGUAAACCCAACACAGAAAAAGACCUGCUCCAUCACCACCCCUUGGCCUAGCCCUCGCAUUGCUUUUCCUCCGGGUCCAGAGAACACAGACCAGCAGCUGACUUCGGCAGUAGCACCACCAACAGCAGCAUCAUCAACUCCGUCCUUUCAGGGGGUGUCUGAGCUGCAGCCCGCUGCUACAGCAAGCAUCAAAGCAUGGGCUUUAGGGCCCGUAGAUAUGGGCACGCAUUGCUUCGCUUCUAAUCGCGCAGAUGAUCCUUCCCUUCUCUCUGCUCAGAGCAAUUAUCCACUAGACAGUCGUCCCGUAGGCGGCAAUCCGCCUAACGAGGUGUACACCGGAGACCCCUCAGCAGAUGCAGACAUCAAAGCGUUUUAUGAGGCAGUUGCUGCGGGGACUGGGGCCCCGGUGACUGGGGAGAACAAAGGCAAAGAAGAAAAACAAUUGUGUUAA